GUACAUUCUAAUUUAGUAAACUAACUGAACUCGAAUAAGUAUGUAGUGCGAUGAGUUUUCGAUAAGAAUAAAAAUUUCGUCGAAAAUGUCCACAUUAAUGUGGUCUUGUUUGUGUUGUUUACGUUUCAAAUUCAGCCCCGACGAGCUGGAGCAGCGCUACAAGAGCCGGGAAAUCGACAAGAUGAUCAAGAAAGAUAGGCAAGUGAUGAAAAGACAGGUCAAACUCCUCUUGUUGGGUGCUGGCGAGAGUGGGAAGAGCACUUUUCUCAAACAAAUGCGGAUCAUUCACGGCAUCAAAUUCGAAAACAACCUCAUCAACGAGUACCAACAAGUGAUUUACCAGAACCUCGUGAAGGGGAUGCAGGUGCUCGCCGAUGCUAGGGACAAGUUAAACAUACCGUGGGGGGACAGUGCUAACGUCGAAUACGCCAAAAAGUUACUCGAAUUCGACAAUCACGCGGUGCUGGAAGCCAAGAACUUUAGUCAGUUUAGCCCUUUGUUGUACAAAUUGUGGAGGGAUUCCGGUAUCAAAAGGGCUUACGAAAGACGACGAGAAUUUCAAUUGAGCGACUCCGUGGAAUACUUCCUGGACAACUUGGAGAGGAUAUCGCGGCCGGACUACAGCCCCACCAACAGGGACAUCCUGCACUGCAGGAAGGCCACGAAGGGCAUCACGGAGUGCGUGGUGCCCAUCAACGGCAUACCGUUCAUAUUCGUGGACGUCGGCGGGCAGCGGUCGCAGCGGCAGAAAUGGUACCAAUGCUUCAACUCGGUGACUUCAAUCCUGUUCCUCGUCUCCUCGUCGGAAUUCGACCAGGUGCUGCUCGAGGACAGGAAGACCAACAGACUGGAAGAGGCCAAAGACAUCUUCGAUACGAUUAUUAACAAUAAAAUUUUCAACGGCAUCUCCAUUAUAUUGUUUUUGAACAAGCACGAUUUGUUGGAGAGAAAGGUAGCGAAUGCGGAGACCAACAUCCGUUGGUACUUUCCCCAGUUCGCCGGCAAUCCGCAUUCGUUGCAGGACGUGCAAAAUUUCAUCCUGAAGAUGUUCACGAGCGUGAAGCAGGACCCGAAGAAGCCGUUGUACCACCAUUUCACCACUGCCAUAGACACCGAGAACAUCAAAGUGGUGUUCAAUUCGGUGAAGGACACGAUCCUGCACAGGAACUUGGAGAUUUUGAUGCUGCAAUAACGAUAACGUUUUUGGCAUUCUACAGGCUGUGUUGAGAGGCACAUGGAGUUUUCGAAGACUGACUGAGUUACGUAUUAGGUCUGCGACGGUUAGUGUAAUGUAAUUCGAGUUGUAGGCUCGUCUACAGAGCAACCUUUGAACCUCUUGCUGAAUCUAUAAAGAAACGAAAAAUCGGGAGCAGGUUUUAGCGAUGCAAACUGAACAAUUCGAAUCUUGUGCGAUUGAGAAUCGCGUAAGAUUUUGAUAUAAUUAUUUACUUUCCGUUGCGUUUCGUUGCAGUUGAGGCGAUAACUUUGCUAACAUCUGCUUCUUUAUAGAAAUAAUUAUAUUGCGCCACGUUGGUUAUCCAACAACGAUUACAUAAUCGUGAUAACGUUGAAAUGGCUUACAUGAUAAUGGAGAAAUAAGUCGUAUUCGUAUUGAAACAUAUCGAGAUAGACCAAAAAAUUAAUAUAAUCUCAUUUGUCGAGGGUGGUUUUUCUACGUACGUUCAAUCGCCGCGUUGAAUGGUGCUUUUCCAAUUUUUGAAAGAACGAUCUAUAAGCGAAAAUUCGCUAAUAAUCGCCCUCGAUUCCGCAAAACCAAAGAUAUUUUUCGCAGCUUGAUGUCUCGAGUUCGCCGAGCUAUUAUUUCGUAAUUUAAUGAAUUAUACAGUUUUUGUAAUAUUUUUUAUAAUCGUUUUUAAAAAAUUGUAUGUAGGGGUGUAAAUACGUUGAGAUACUUUUUACCAGUUACGAUCAAAUUUCGCACGAAGAAAUUAUGAAGAGAUUGAUUUUUGAGAUUUGUGAUAAAUUUGUCGGAAGCAAUUUUUAAUUCGGUGUUUUUUCCUCUGAAAUUAACAGGUUUAUUUUGUAAAUAUUUUUACGUGUAAAUAAGAAAAGGUAUAAUAUUUUUUAAGUGACUUUACAGAGAUAUUUACGAGAGAUCUUCCAUUUUAUUGAUGUCUGCACUUUUUGUAAAUGAUACGCAGCUUAAUGUUUAAAAAAUAUUUUUUUAUAUACAUAUUUGAUAUAUUAUAUAAAAUUAUAAGAAUACAUCCAUUCCAAAUUUGUAUUUUUACACUAUUUAAAAAUAUUAGAUUCUUCCAUUCGAUUAGAUUAAAAAAGACGCUUAGGCUGCUUCAUAAUAAAACAGAAAUGUUCUCUUAAUUACAUAGUGCCUUAUAAAUAAUUGUGAAGUUAAAAUAUAGUCGAUUACACAAAAUAAGAAGUAAGUUUGUAAUUUAUUUGAUAUUAAAUUGCAUUAAGAAGUUUUUUUUUAUUAUGUAUAUCAAUUUUCUUAUUAAUGUAAUUGUUAUUAUAAAAUUUUAAUCGUAACUCAUGUAUUUUGUGUCAUUUAAUAUUAAUGAAUUUACUUCUUAUUUGAAUCAAAACAAACAAAACACAAUAUUCUAAACUAUAGCUUCGUAAAAAAAUGUAAAUACAUAUAUUUCUAUAAAUAUUUUUUUUGUUAAAAAAAUCACAUGAACGUGUAUUAUUUGUCUUUAAAAAAAAUCAAUUGUCGAAAUACCGCUUGAUUUGAUUAUCUUCGAAAUAUAUCCCGGGAUGCAAGUACAACCUUUUGAAACCUCUGUUCGUAUAUUCAGCCGUUUGUACCGAACCCUUUUCAGAUUCUAUCAAUUUCAAACCCUGAUCCACUUUCAUCAUCAACGUAUCCACCGGGUACUCGCAGGCGUGAUUCAUGAAAGUUUGGCACAGCAGCUGUAUAUACCAAGAACCUCUGUAGAAAUCCCUAUGCGCUUUGUAACCUGAAAU